GCAAAGAAGAAAACCGGAAACUGCUUCGACGUCAUUCGUGCGCAUGGAGAUAUAAAAGUAGUGGUAAACAGCUAGCAUAUAGAAAGGAUAAAAUGGACGCACAGAAAGAUCUACAGCCGCCCAAACAACAACCGAUGAUCUACAUCUGUGGAGAAUGUCACACUGAGAAUGAAAUUAAAGCUCGUGAUCCCAUCAGAUGCAGAGAGUGUGGCUACAGGAUCAUGUACAAGAAGAGAACAAAGAGAUUGGUUGUAUUUGAUGCCCGGUGAAGAGGAGAAGACAGAUUUGACUUUUGUUGUUUUUCACCGUUUUUUGUAGUGCAUCACCAUGUAAAUAAACAGUUUCUGAAGCCUGG